GAGAUUGGCCGCUGUGGUGAUGUGGCGCGGCCGGAAGUGGUGCUGGGGCCGGAAGUGGUGCUGCGGCCAUGCUGCGGCAGGGCAGCAGUGAUGACAUUGAGGAUGUCUCUCUGUUUGAUGCCGACGAUGAAGUAUCCAGGAGAUCAAAAAAGUCAAAAAUAAGGCAUCCAGUGGCAUCAUUUUUCCACCUGUUCUUCCGAGUCAGUGCGAUAGUUGUCUAUCUGCUCUGUGAGCUCUUAACUAGCAGCUUUAUUGCCUGCAUGGUGACAAUUAUUCUUCUCUUGUCGUGUGACUUUUGGGCCGUAAAGAAUGUCACAGGGCGACUGAUGGUUGGCCUCCGCUGGUGGAAUCAGGUGGAUGAUGAUGGUAGAAGUCACUGGAAAUUUGAAUCUAGAAAGGUAUCAGCACAAGGACAUAAAACCUCCUCAGAAUCAGAGUCCCGAAUUUUCUGGCUGGGUCUGAUUACCUGCCCUAUCAUCUGGGUGAUAUUUGCUUUCAGUGCUCUGUUUUCUUUCAAAGUGAAAUGGCUGGCAGUAGUUAUGAUGGGAGUGGUUCUACAGGGAGCCAACCUUUAUGGAUACAUCAGAUGCAAAGUUGGCAGUAGGAAAAACUUGACAAGCAUGGCAACCAGCUAUCUUGGAAAGCAGUUCUUGCGGCAGACUGUGGCUAAAGAGGACCAGACAACAUCCUGAGCAUGGUAGAAGCCUCAUGCUGGAUUGGAUUCACAGUAGUGAAGCACAGAGAAUGUUGCUCUGACCAUGAGAUUUGGGAGCUGCUUAAAUGAGGUGUGAAUUAAAAGUAAAUACAUUGUGCAAGACUUCCAGUUAA